UUAAAAUAUGCAAAAUUAUUCGAAAGAGAUUCCGAGUUUGAGCAGAAUAUCAUCUCCAGUUAAAAGAAAUAUUUCGAUGGGUACUACUCACCAAUGAGGGUUAAACAGGCAUGUCGCUUGUAGUAAAUUUUUAGAAAUAUGCGAACAAGAGUAAAAAGCACUUUCUCUCCUAAUCCCAAAAAAAAUGGCUGAUUUAGGGAAAAGAAUAAGCUUGAGGCUGUCCAAAAAAGAAGAGUCUUCGUAUCUCCUAUCCUAACUAACACAAAAUCUAUCCAGUUCAACUUCACUGAUGCUCACACGCCCAAGGUUAAAGAUUCUCUUCAAAAAUUAGGAUCUUUAUGAGCUAUGAGACCGAGAUCUAAUCUGAAAUGAAGCAAGUUUAAGACAACUAAGAAUGUGGGAGCCUCCCAGAAUAAAGACAGGUUCAGGGAUAGGAGAGAAGUCACAUCUAUUGACACCAUUAAUUUUAAUGAUUUUUCAGACUCAAAGUUAGCCACCGAGUCUGAAUCUUCACAACAAUUUAUGGAAAAGAACUCACUGAGGUUAUCCAAGAACAUCAGUCAAGUAAGACGUGCAAGGUUUGCAGCUACCUGAGUUGAAAGCUCAUUAGAUUCUACUAAAUUCCUGAUACAGGAUGAAAAGAUUCGUGAGUGCCAGAAUGAAAUUACUAGUUUAAAAUCUAUGAACAAGUCCUUGACGGAAAAGAACUAUUCUCUUCAAACAAAAUUAUUGAUAGAGAACCAGCAUAAGUCUUUAUAUAUGGCUUUGAUAAAUAAGAAUAUGGAAGAAGGUAAUGAAAAAGCCAGCAUUUCCGAAAUAUUACAAAUCCUCAGAGAUCUUGAAAGAGACGAUGUCAAAAAGACGGAAAGCAUCAAAAUAAAGGAAUACGAGGAGAAGAUAUCUUCCUUAGAGGCUGAAAUAGAGAGCCUUAAGGCUAAGCAAGAGGAGAAAAGCUCUUCUCAGGACAAGAGCCAGCAUAUUAUAGACCUAAACACUAUUUUACAAGAGAAAUUAAAAAGCUGUUUGACUAAAUAUAAAAACACGAAAUGAGAAGUGAAGAAGCUCAACCAGGCUAACUCUAAGCUAAAAAUAGAAAUUGAAAAGCUCCAUAACACCAUUUCUCAAAGGGAUGAAACUAUAGAGAUGAAAGAAGCCGCCAUAUCUGGAUCUGUUAGGGAAAAAGAGCUUCUUACUAAAAGAAUCAAAGAGCUUGAGAAACAGUUGUAUAAGUUUGAGGAUAAUGAUGAUGUCUGCAAUCUCAAUCCAUACGAAAUGCAUGAGAGAAUGAGGUACUUUGAGAACAUGUAUGAGCUCACGAAUGAUAAGUAUAUUCAAUCUCAGAAAUUUACUGACAAGAUCAACAGUUACCUCUUCAGAAUCGGGCUAUCUUAUGAAGGUUUGAAGAAAGCAGCCGCUAAGGGUAAACUUGAGAUUGAAAGAUAUUCUUUUAAACAUAAUUUUACAACAAAAGACUACCUUUCAGAUAGACAACGAGAAAAUAGGAAUUCAGACGCUUCCGGAUUCUUCAUACCUAGAUUUGAUACACUAAAGUCUUCAGAAGAUAGUUUUACAAGUAUAUCAAAGCUUCAAACUGAGACAGAUAAAAUUUUGAAGAAAAAAUUUGCAAAGGAGUCAAGAGUCAAGGAACUCAGAGAAGAUUAUGAAUCUAAGAUUCCUUCUGGAUUUAAGAUUUAAGAUGAUGAAAUUAUGAAUAACGAUUAAUUUUUAUUUAUAUAAGUAUAUGGUCUAUUC